GGAAAAAGAAAGAGAGGAGCAAAAUAAAUUAGUGUGUUAUCUUUCUCCUCCUAAUCUCUAUCUCCAUGGCGGAUAAAACGAGAGCCUCACCUUACCACUCUCAUUUCUUCCAACUCCCUUCUUCUUCUUCAAUUUGAUUUAUCUGUUUCUUUCUUCUUUGCUUCUUUUCAAGCUCUAUUAUUAUAACAGCUACCUCUGCUUCUUCUUCUUCUUUUCAAUUGCCAUUAGUUUGAUUGUAGCUAUGGCUUCUGCUGCUAACUGUGUAGUGUAUUUUAGCAGCAACACUAACUACCUUACUGUCUCAGAACUAAAAAACCAUUCUUUGCCUGCUACCUUUGUCAGCAGACCACCCAACAAUUACACUCUUGGGAAAAGAAGUCAUUACAGUGUCAGAUUGUUAUCUUCAACGACGGGAAUCAAUCCACGGGCAGCAGCACCAUCAGCCACUGCUGUAGAGAAUGAUGGAAGUUUCCCCGACACUGAUAUGGUUCCAACCCCCAAAGUUAUAAUUGAUCAAGACUCGGAUCCAGAUGCCACUGUUGUUGAAAUUACCUUUGGCGAUCGACUCGGAGCGCUUCUUGAUACUAUGAAUGCACUUAAAAGUCUCGGGUUGAAUGUUACCAAGGCAAAUGUCUAUUUGGAUUCAUCUGGGAAGCACAACAAGUUUUGCAUCACCAAGGCUAGCACUGGAAGGAAAGUUGAAGAACCGGAACUGCUCGAGGCAAUACGUUUGACGAUUAUAAACAACUUACUUGAGUUUCAUCCGGAAUCAAGCUCCCAGUUAGCAAUGGGUGCAACCUUUGGUGCUGAGCCACCAAAAGAAACGGUUGAUGUGGACAUUGCUACUCGCAUAAGAGUUCAUGAUGAUGGUCCUGACCGUAGCUUGCUAUAUGUGGAGACAGCCGAUCACCCAGGGUUGUUGGUGGAGCUUGUGAAAACUAUUACCGACAUCAACGUUGCAGUUGAGUCCGGAGAGUUCGACACGGAGGGGUUGCUUGCAAAGGCAAAGUUUCACGUCAGCUACAAGGGUAAAGCCCUCAUCAAGCCUCUGCAGCAGGUUCUUGCAAAUAGUUUACGAUAUUACUUGAGGCGUCCGACUACAGAGGAGGCGAGUUUUUGAGCCACCAUAGCCAAAUGUAAGAGCAAGUUAGCAAUGGGGUGAAGUUUAGAAUGCUGUUGGCAAAUAAUCUCCUCUUGUAGGAAUUCUAUAAACAGUCCCCUGUUACUGCAUGGUAAUUGUUGUAUAACGAUUUUAAUUAAUUUGAUCACUAGUUGUGCAA